UACUCAAAGCAGCAGUAUCAGUUGUAGUUAUGAUUAUAACUAUGAUUAAUAGAAAGCUUUCGAAAGAGAGUAGGUAAUUGUAUUACAGUGAAAAGAGAAGCACAUUCUCUCUGCAAUUUUUUAACUCAAACUUUACAGUGCGCAUGAGCAACCAAAAGGGGAGACAGAGCUUUCCCCACUUAGAGAUAUAAAAGAAUUAGGCUUAUAAACAAUUGAUUUAUCAAUUAGUUAAGAUUCAAAAUGCUGCUCUGAAAUCUCAUGCUCCCUAUCUGCAGAAAUAUACCUUACAUCCCCCACCAAACUGACCAAAAAGCCUUGCCUUUCUCAAACGCCAUUACAUCUCCCUUCAACUGCUGAUAUUAUUUUUUAAUUCACACUCUUUAAGAUCCUCAUUCUUUUAAGUACUUUCUACAAUUUUAAAUUCAACCCUUUUGUACUUCCUAUCUAUCUAUAUAUGCAUGUCUAUAAGCAACUAAAACUCUACUGUUUCAAUAUUACUCCUCCAUGGCUGCUCAAGAACAAAAGAAGUUGCUUAGUGUGGCAGUACCAGACUGACAAUAAAGAGGUGAUAUCAAGCGGAGGUUUUGAUCCAGUUCUUUCAACAAAAUAUACUUUCUGCUGUUGGCUCCUUCAGCUGGAUCUGAAUUUUGCAUAAAAGAAUCCGAAUCCUGUAGUUUCUUUUACUGAGAAUUUUUUUUUACAUGGAUAGCAUGGUAUGGCAGAGCGGGAGCAACAACCAACAGGAGGAAGAAAGCUUCACUGUUUCUAAUAACUCAAAUUGUUAUGGCUAUGGUGGCAAGAUGGAUCAAUUAGAAGACAUCUUCUAUCCAAUUCAUGUGAUUCAGAAAGCUCAAGCUUCGCUGAUAAAUUCAAGUCCUCAGAAACUCCAAGAAGGUAGAAGGUUAGGAGCCAUAACAAGUUGGCAAGAGUUGUGUUCUUCUCCUUUGAUGAACAGGGCUUAUGGCACAACUUCAAUGAGCAAUUUGAUGGAUAAUAUUGGGUUUGGCAUGGCGGAUCAGUCAAAAAUCAUUGAUGGGAUGCAAAGUGGGAAGGCUGCAGGUGUUUCAACAACAUGCUCUCUUGAGUCCCUUGAUUGUUUGCUCUCAGCCACCAACAGCAACACAGAUACAUCAGUUGAAGAUGAUGGGAUCUCCAUCAUUUUCUCUGAUUGUAGAAGAAACUUAUCGAACUUUGGUGCCAAUAGCACAGUUUCAUCACGAGAGUCAGAGAACAACGGCUCAUCCAUUGCAAGAAAUAAUAAUGAGUUCACUUUUCCAGUCAAUGAGCUUGAAGAAACAGUCUCUCAAAGAUCCUCAGACAACCACCAGUAUGUCAACAAUGGUAGAAUUAUAGAGAAAAAGCUUGCAGAUUCAACUACCAAGAGAAAAAAUUUUGAUCAUCAUAAUCCGCAGUUCCAUCUUCUUCAAAGUGCUGAUAAUUCUUCACUUGCAGAAGGUGGUUUUAGGCCUAUUUCCGAGAACCCUCUUAAGUUGAAGAAACCAACAUCAGAGAAGUGCCCAAGUUCAUCAUCAAACAUCAACUUUCAACAGCCAAGUUCUUCAGUAUCUUCUUCAAUAGAGGAGCCUGAUCCUGAAUCCAUUGCGCACAUGAAAGAGAUGAUAUACCGAGCAGCGGCCUUAAGGCCGAUGAACUUAGGCCUGGAAGUGGUGGAAAGGCCUAAGAGAAAGAAUGUUAGAAUAUCAACCGAUCCACAAACAGUGGCUGCAAGGCAAAGAAGGGAGAGAAUAAGUGAAAGAAUCAGAGUUCUACAAAGGCUAGUCCCUGGUGGAAGCAAAAUGGACACUGCUUCAAUGCUUGAUGAAGCUGCAAAUUAUCUCAAAUUCCUGAGAUCACAAGUUAAAGCUCUAGAAAACCUGAGCCAGAAACCUGAGUCAAUAGUGAAUAAUUGUCCACCUCCAAACCUUGCCUUCUCUUCUUUACCAUUCUUUCACAAAUCAUAGUUUAAUUUUCUAGUUACUCCCAUCAUGAAACUCGCCUCCCAAGAGUUUGUUAUGCAAAUUUCAUCUAAUUUUCAAUGAAGUGGAAAGGUUUUGCAA